AUGUGCAGAAUUGUCUCCCAGGUUUACACUCUCUGCCCUGAUAGGGUACUCAGUACCUAUUUCCCGUCUAAACCCGGUAAUUCACUCAAGUCUAGGGUUUGCCAUAUAGAAUACUGGGUCGAAGAAGCGUGCGACGACACAGAAACCACCCUCCACGACAAGCAAACAAAGUUUAGCAGCAAGCACAAGUAUUUCAACUGGGAAGACAACGAAAAUAACAAUGAGAAAGCUUGGACGGCAGAUCCUCGCUGGAAUUGUAGAACCAAUGAUAGUUCAAGAGUUCGGGAUUGCUUCCAAAAGCUUAAGGCGCUUGACGGCUUUGAAGAAUUUCACCCAUAUGAAGAACCAAAGAGUAGGAAAGAAAUGAAAAGGAGCAAACAAUUUAAGCAUACCUACAUUCAUCCUUUAAGCCCUCAUUCUCCACAACUCAAGCUGAAUGGGUACUAUGAGACUGCAAUGGGAAGUGGUAUGUACCAGGUGAAUUUGGAUCCCAGAAACGACAUUUUCGAAAAAGGAAAACAUAACGACGAGAUGGUAGCCUUGAACCGCUUAAUGGCGGUAAAGGAUCAAUUGGAUGAAGAGUUUGAGAUUGAGAAUGAACUUGGUGACACACCUGAAAGCAGAACCUGA